GAUCGCGUUAUGCGUCAGUGCGUAAGCGGCCUUGAUGUAAACAAUGUUUGGUUUCUAUGCGUAAAGCAGGUGCUCGAUUUUACUAAAUCGCUUGAUGCAUAUGCGAAAUAGAAGGUGUAAUGAUCGUUUAACAUUACUGGUGCAAAGGAUUAAAUCAGUUGUUCAUGUGGAAACAAUUUUCACUAUGAGUUUUGAAGUGCUGUGUUAAAAAUGGUGCAGGUCCGUUAAGCGCAUGCUUUUGGCGAACUGAUGGUGAAAAGGCCGGCCAUGGAUCCAGACGAGAUGAGAGGGAGGACAAACCAUGAUGCAGACGACAUAAACCAAUUUGACUCCGUGUCUAACAUUCGAUCCCAGCCAGAGAGGGUUAGAGACGCCCCCAAGGCAGUCCAGAGGGAGGGGUCAAAUCUACAGAAUGACAGAAAGGAGCAGUUAAACCCACCAAACCCAACUAAAUCCAAGAAACUCAAGAAAACCAUCUUCAUUUCUUACUCUCCCGAUGCAGGCUUCAUGGAGAGGAAAUUUGUAGUGGAGACAGUUCGUCAACUGAAGGAGAAUAACCUUGCUGAUGACAUCUGGUUUGAUAAAGAUGAGAAAAACACAGACAGUCCGUGUUGGUUCUCGUUACGAAUGGAAGCUGUAGAGAAAUGUAGAGCAGCAAUUCUUAUAAUGUCAGACAGUUACUUCUCUUGUCCUGUGUCCGUCUAUGAGGGGAAAACCCUCGUGGAAAGACUAAAGAUGGACCCAAACUCAGUUGCAAUAUUCCCUAUUAUGUUUUCAUCUUUAGAAAAAAGUGAGAUGCCAAAGGAGUUUAGUUUAUUAGUGAAGGAUGUUGUAGAAUUGACUUCACCUGACCAUCACAAGUUAAGUUUAGCCGAGAAAACCUCAGUUGUGAUUGGAGCUAUAAUGGAAGAACUAGAGAGGUACGCCUCUAUUCAUUCCCCUCCUGCCCCCACCACCCCACCAGACACUGAUUUCACGGGGGAAUAUAAACGGAAAAAGAUUUGUCAGUGGAAUGCAAACGAUUUGCAAGAAUGGCUUUUUAAACUGGGAAUUAAGGAAUUUUAUCGUCAGAGUCUGGCCGAGAGCAUGGUGGACGGUUUCUUAAUGAUGUCUCUAACUGACCAAGAUAUGAUACACCAACUUGGAAUCGAUAGUCGUGUUGUCAGAAAAAAGAUCAUGCAGCAGAUAUUGCAGACACUGGAUCGUGAACACAGACAAGGCGACAACUGGCAUCUCAGGGCGAGGACUCAGCGAUCCAAACCUGAUGUCAUCUAUCUUAUAUACGACCCCACUGACGUCAGGCUGGCACAGAACAUUAAAACUGAUCUCAAGAAAAAGAACUUACAGGUAAUUCACCAUGAUAGUGUGAAGCUAGGGAGAUCAAAAGAAGAGUUCCUGCAGAUAAACGGACCACAGAUUGCCAUGGCAACACAGGUCAUCGUCCUACUCACCGAGGCAGCCACGGGGUCACCCUUUGUUUUUCAUGAAGUGCUGUUUGCUUAUUGGCUGGGGAAGAAGCUGGUGUCGGCCAUGUUUAAAAAUGUCUGGAUAAAUUUAAGAGCCUCCUUGAAAGCAGUUUUAGGGGAGUGUCCCGCCGUGGACUUUGAGACCAAGAUGUAUAACGAGAGCUUGGACGUGCUGGAGCACCACAUCAAGCCCCUGAGGCGAGUCCCGGGGGUGGUGCUAGAACAGUCCUACCUCAACAAAAUGGCGGAGGGUCUGAAGCCACUGGAGAUGCUGGCCUACUCCAGAAAUGGCGUGGUGGCCCGGUCCCCCACGGAAGGUGACCCCCAGGUGUUUAUCAGCUACCAGUGGGACAUGCAGGGGAAAGUAGAGGACAUUAAACAGCUGUUAGAGAACAAUAACCUGCCGUGCUGGGCCGACGUGUCCAUGACCCAGCCUCCCCGGGGUCAUAGCAGCAAGUCCAGCCGGAGCAGUGUGGGGAUCCACGACGGGAGCUCCGAGACGUUACAGAGUCAGAUCCAGCGGAACAUGAAGGCGGCCUCCGUGGUUCUCAGCUGUAUCACCCCCAAGUACCUCCAGAGCGACAACUGUAAGAAGGAUCUGACCUUGGCCGAGACCUUCAACAAACCUGUCAUUCCGGUCCUGCUUCGGUUCUCUCCGCAGGAAAACGCACCUGAACAGGUGCGAAAAAUCCUGGCCAAAUUCUCGUAUAUCGAUAUAAGUAACGAGAGGUUGUACAAACAGAACAUUCCGCUGGUCUUAGAUAAAAUCAAAAAGGCUGUCAGUCAGAGAGGUAGUUACCGUGACUACUGAGGUCAUCACCUUGACAACAGAAUCGAUCAGCCAUUUUUACCGUCAGUAUUUCAAGACAUUCUCUCAUUGUGCUUCCAGUGUGUUCGUCACCUACAGAUAUUUUCGUAUCGUCUGUAGAUAUUUCCAAGUACCUUCCAAUAUUUCUCUGUUACCUCGAGCUCUAAACACCUCAUUUCCCACACUCUUAUACUUAUAUCUAUCCCUUAUAAAUAAGCAUCACCUAACCCCCCCCCCCCCCGUUUUCUGAUGCACUCCUCUGUAUUACCUAAAAUAUUUCUUCCAGCUCCCUGUAUUUACCCCUUUUAACUCCCCUCCAGUGGUGUUUGAUAUGUGUCCGUAUGUUUCUGAGUACAUGUAUUUGGACAAAAACUCCCUCUGUCUGUUAAGUUGACCUUCACCCUAUAUUAAC